CAGGACUCAUGCGGAUGCAGUCUUCUCUUACCCGCCUUUAUGACCUAUUGCUCGUGGCGACUGUACUCUCUGUAUCCAAUGCCUUCGUUGUCCCCAUGCCUGCAAUUGCAUCGAAACCCCCUGCUUCUUCAAGCACUUUGUUUGGGGGGUUGAGGGGCGUUGAAACAUUUGACGGGGCUUUCACGCUGUCUCCCGAGUCGGAAGGUGUCCUCGUUGGAUACAUGGAAUGCGAGGACAUGAAGAAGGAAGUCUGCAAGCAAGCCAAAUGCACAAGCGCGCGUUUUACAGGGCAACUUUUCCAGCCCGUGCCUUACUCUCCUGGAACACCAUUGGGCAUGCCCCGAGAAUUCGAGGAUUUCCACCUGAACCCCUCCUACGCGAUAUGCAAUGUGCCCCCAACGGUCAUGUUUAAGGCCAAGAUCUUCAAACCUCCCCGCCUGUGUGCCGUUUUUACCAUCGAAGGCCUAGAUCCGGACGAGGAGAAGAAAAUUCUGGAAAAGGCUCGUGCCCGCAUGGACCUCCAAGCUCAAGCUGCGGCGCACCAGCCCAUGGAGGAGAAAGACGACGGAAGCGAAGAGAAACGACCAGUCACAGUGCUGAAGGGGUCACCGAAGGAGGAAAAUUGGAACGGGGUGGGCAAAGCACUUCAUGAGGUGGCGUUGGGGGAGAAGGCGGGGGAGGAGGAGGAUGAGGCAGCCUUGGAUGCGAUGGUUGUGUAG